ACAGAAUUCGCAAUCGAAUAGCAGCGGCAGCAGCGCUCGCGACUGUCUAAACGCACCGCAGUUAGCGCCAGCUAAGCAGCAGUAGCAGUAACAGCACCGAGAGACGCACACACCUCGUGUUCGUGUGCCAGCGCAGCUCAAGCGGAGAGCCUCGAGCAACGAACGAAGCCCGGUGCAGUCUUCAUCGAGCGAUAGCUCUGGUAUAAAUCUCGAGCUUCCAUCCAUCCAAGUUCGACUUAAUCGGUGGGCCCAGGAACUCGUGUGGUUCACUACUCAUCGUCAUACCUCUUCCCGAAACAAGAAGCCCGUGAAAUGGACGACGUCAAGAAACGUAGUGACAGUCGUAGUCCAAGUCCAAGACGUUCAAGGGCUGAUGAAGAUAUGCCAGAAUCACGAUCCCACUCUAAGUCAAGCAAGUAUAGAGAACAUAAAGAUGGUCAUCGUUCGAUGAAAAACUAUUCUAGAUCACGUAGCAAUUCCAUGAGUCGAAGUCGUAAAUCUUAUAAGAGUUCAAAAUAUGAAAACCGGCGUGGAAGCAGAAGCCACAGUCGCUCCCCAUAUCGAAGCAGCCGAGUAUCAAGAAGUAGAUCACGAUCAUACUCUAGGUCACGAUACUCAAAAGAUAGAGGCAUGUUUAGAUCACAUUCAAGAUCUCCAAUGUCAUCGAGAAGAAGGCAUGUAGGCAACAGAGAUAAUCCUUGCCCAAACAGAUGUUUAGGAGUUUUUGGAUUGUCUAUUUGUACUACAGAGGAACAACUGUACCAUAUAUUUUCAAAGUAUGGACCUGUUGAGCGUGUCGUCGUUGUCAUUGAUGCUAAGACAAAACGUCCCAAAGGCUUCUGUUUUGUAUAUUUUGAAUCAAUGCUGGAUGCUAAAGCAGCAAAAGAACAGUGCAGUGGCAUGGAAAUCGAUGGUAGACGCAUUAGGGUAGACUUUUCCAUAACAGAAAGGGCUCAUACACCUACUCCAGGAAUUUACAUGGGAAAGCCAACUCAUGUUUAUGAAAGUCGAGGCAGCAGUGGUGGUGGUGGUGGCGGCGGUGGCAGUUGGGGUGAUAGUGGCGGUAGACGCAGAGAUCACAAUAAUCGUAGUAGUCAUCGACGUUCGCCUAGUCCGUACUAUUCAGGGUCAUCGAGUCGUCGCCGCUCAUCACGAUAUGAAAGAUCCAGAUCACGCUCGUAUUCGCCACGUCGAUAUUAAGUCACACAAUUUUGAUGAGAGGCCAGGUGUUGGAAGCCACUUGCGCGACAUGAUCCUUUGACCUUACCCAACUUAAUUUACCUCUAUGCAUAUAGGCUCAGGAUCAUUUGAAUACAAACGUCAUGUUCUAUCGCUAUUCUCACCUUCCUAUACAAUGUUCAAUACUAUACGGAUAAACAUGAAUAAAAUGUCUCAAAUUUCUAUUUUUUGCUUAAAAAUAGAAAAAUUAGAAUGAACUGUAAAAAUAUUUUCCAAACUCGAAUUUUCAAUUUUAUAAACUUAGAAUCAAGUAAUUUAGAUUAAUGAGUUAGAAUUUAUUGUAUGCAAAAAAACUUACAAUGUAAAAGCUAGAGUACAUCAAGUCGUCUAUUUUAAACUCAUGUUUACACUUGUAAUUAUUCAAAACUUGAAUAAAUUAUGACUGAAAAUGAUACUCCAGCUUUCUAGCAACUACAA